CUAUAUUUACAUUGUUUAUGACUGUUGCAACCCAAUAUAGCUAUAUUUUGAGAAAUAAUUCGUUUUACAAAGCUUUAAAUUGUUCAGAAUUUCGUGUGACUAGUUUGAUUCAAUGCGUUUCUCUUGCUGCCGAAUCAAAGGAUGUUUCAUUUUUCUUCAAUACAAAUGACAAAGUCUGUAAAUGGCAAUGUGUGUUUUUAUAUAGCUUUGAAAAUUUAGAAGAAAGUUGGCGUAGAUUUGAGUUAGAAUGGAAGAGAAACUCAGCUUUAUUUCAACCAUCCAUGGCUUCUUCUGUCUAUGGAAGCGACCCUAAGAAAUGGGGUUCCAGCCUUGCAACGGAUGGGAAAAUUAAAGGCGGAGUUGCUGAUACGGGAUUUUUUUCUACAAGCUUUGAAAAUUCUCCAUGGAUACGUGUUGAUUUAAAAGACAACCUAAUAAUUGCCUUUGUACGCGUGUUCAAUAGGAUGUAUAAAUUAGGGGAGAGGCUCCAUGAUGUUGCUCUUGAGGUGUCGAGGGGUGAAGGUUACGAGCAGAGAGGAUAUUUUAGAGGACCAGGGGUUACAAAUCAAGUGGUGGACAUUCUGUGUGAUCCCCCAUCUCUUGGGAGAUAUGUUAGAUUGAAGAUUAUCAAUGGAGGGAAUAAUAUUCUGCAAAUCGAUGAGAUGGAAAUAUACACUCUAUUUUAAAAAUUCCUUUGUAUACUUUCCACUAUAUUUUAUGCAUAUAUUAAAAAUAAUCUAUAUGUUAUUCAA